AUGCUGACGAAACGAGGUGGCAAGUGGCUCCUCUUCUGUCCUGGAGAUCAAGAGCUUGCUGAAGGAUUGCAGCAAGCCAUUGAGAAGGAGAAGGCACAGAAGACAGACGAGGGCAGAGCACCAGAGGACAAAGAGGAAGAUGACAGUGAUAGCGACAAGGGCAGUGCAGGGAGUGAAGAAGAUGUAGAGGCGAGAUUAUCAGCGUCUUCCUGUGCCUCAAGCGCGCGGAGGCGCGAGCAACGCUCGGAUUUUGUUGGCUGCAUUGACGCAGGGUGCAGCUCGGGUGUGACUGGCUCCGCCCUGGGACUUUGGCGUCGCUUGCGGAGGGCAUGCGCCAACCAGGAAGACGGUCGUGAGCAAGAGCUCCUAGUUCGGCGCUCCGCUCUUGGUGGUGAGGAGGACAGCGAGGACAGCGAGGACGGCGACGUCGAGCGGCACAUCACCCGGUUGGAGCAGACCAGGGUGAAGGCCCAUGGAGUUUGGCCGCCACCGGCAUUUCCCAGCCACAGCUGGUUCCUGAUCAGUGGUGGUUGUGGUGGCUUGGGCAUUGCGACAGCCGGUUGGCUAGUCACCCAGGGAGUGACGCAUUUGGCACUUUUGUCUCGAACUGGCAAAUGCCAGCAGGAUGGUCCAGAAAGUGCGGACUUGCAGCGUUUGUGCAGCGAGACUGGCGUUCAAGUGCUAUUGCAUGCUUGCGACAUCACCUCACAAGCACAGGUAGACAGUACCCUGCAGACUAUGCGGGCCUUCCAAGAUGUUCCUGUUAAAGGGGUGGUGCAUGCUGCCGGCUUGUUGGAGGACCAUGUAAUAGCCCACAUGGAGCGAAGCCACCUGCAGCCUGUUCUGUCCCCGAAGAUGGAUGGGGCAGUGAAUUUGCAUGCUGCUUUGAGCGGGACCAGCCUGGAUCAGUUUUUGAUGUUCUCUUCCGUGGCAGCACUGUUGGGCUCGCCAGGGCAGGGCAACUAUGCAGCGGCAAACUCGUUCCUGGAUUGUUUUGCACAAUACCGUCAGGCGAAAGGCUUGCCAGCCUUGAGCUUGCAAUGGGGUCCAUGGGCAGAAGUCGGUAUGGCUGCAAGGGGCGGAGUGGGAGGACCCGGAUUUUGGGCACCCAAGAUCGCUGCAGCUGACGCCUUGAAGGCCUUGGGCAGCGUUCUAACAGCACCUAAGUCAGGUCCUUCAGCCAUUGGCAUCACUCGCGUGAAUUGGUCCAUCCUGUUGAAGAGACUCUCUUCAGUGCCCCCAGCCUGGGCCAACUUCAAGAGUCAUUGGGAGCCUCCAGUUGAGCCCAAAGAAGCGAAAGUGGGUCUUGACAAAGAGCAGGAGGAAAGGAAAGGCAUUGGCAUGAACCCAGGAGAGCCGCGAGCACCGCGAUUGCGUGCCAUGGAAGGUAUGGGAGGCAUGGGAGGCAUGAGCAGCUUGGGCAUGGGCAGCAUGGGCCUCACUCUAGGACUUUCCUUCGCAGGUGGUGGCGCACUUGGCUCUCGCCUGGGGAGCAGAUUGCCCAUGCAAAAAGGUGAAAGAACAGCUGAAAGCGAUUCGAGUGACGACAGCGAGCCUCCAGCUUCAAAGGGCUUAUAG